AUGGCAUACCUGUGUGCAUCUACCCUUCUAUCUUUCACCGUGAGACGACAAGAGCCAAUUCUAGUUCGUCCGGCAAAGCCAACGCCCCACGAGCUGAAACAACUCUCCGACAUCGACGACCAAGAAGGUCUUCGAUUUCAAGUCCCCGCGAUUUUCUUCUACCAACCCAACCCUUCCGUUCAAUCCAAAGACCCGUCCCACGUAAUCCAACAAGCCCUGUCCCAAGCACUCGUGUUCUACUACCCGUUCGCCGGAAGACUGGUCGAAGGGCAUAAUAGAAAACUCUCCGUCAAUUGCACCGGCGAGGGAGUCCUCUUCACUGAGGCCGACGCCGACGUCGAGCUCCGCUGCCUCGACGUUGGGCCGGGACAACCUUACCUGGCAGAGCUCCUCCACAACUUCCCUGGGUCGGACGGGAUCACUGGGUGCCCACUCCUCUUAUUUCAGGUGACCCGGUUCAGAUGCGGCGGGUUUGUUGUCGCCGUGAGGCUGAACCACACCAUGAGCGACGGUUCUGGGUUAGUUCAGUUUCUGAACACGGUGGCGGAGUUUUCUCGAGGUAGUGGGGCAGAGGUGGUGGUGUUGCCCUCUGUGCCACCAGUGUGGCAGAGGGAAGUUCACUCUGCGAGACGGCCUCCCCGUGUCACGUGCUUUCACCAGGAGUACGAGCAACGGGCUAGCGUAACCAUGUCCGGUCACUGCCAGUGCCACCAACUCCAGGACUUGGUCCAUGGAUCUUUUUUCUUUGGCCCGAAAGAGAUGAGAGCCAUUCAAAGCCAACUUUCCGAGAAGUGCACCACGUCUGAGGCUCUCACCGCCUGCUUGUGGAGAACUCGAACUCGGGCCCUCGGGUUUGACCCGGACGAGAUCGUUCAGGUCUCGAGCCUCGUCGACGUCCGAGGAAAGCUGCACAUACCUGAUGGGUACUACGGCAACGCGAUAGUCUAUCCAGCUGUGGCGGCAAGGGCGGCGGUGCUGGCGACAGAGCCGCUGGGGUACGCGGUGAGGCUCGUGAAAGCUGCAAAAGCCCAGGUGAGCGAAGAGUACGUACAGUCGGUGGCGGAUCUUAUGGUGACGAAGGGGAGGCCUAUGUACACGACAGCGGGGAACUUUUUGGUUUCAGACACAACCUGGAUUGGGUUUGACGGGUUGGAUUUCGGGUGGGGGAAACCAGAGUACGGUGGUCCCGCGGCAGGCGUAGGGCCGAUUUGUUUCUACGCGCGGUACAAGGGAAGUGGUGGAGUAGCUGGGCGUGUUGCAAUGCUCUGCUUGCCGAGGCCAGCGAUGGAGAUGUUCAAGAGGGAAUUGAACGAAAUAACCAGAGAGGGCCGUGUCAGAAUGGUUAUAAAAACCUCGCUUUAA